AGGACCUGCCCCUUGUGGCUCCGGGGCUAGAAAAGAGAGUCGAUGCCGGCAGCAGUGAUGAGUCUUGGGAGGUACUGGCGGCUUGGCGGUUCCGAGGAGCGGCUGCUGCUGGUGGCCUUUUUGCAGAUGUAUUGCUGUCACUGAACACUGGCCCAUUGGAAAGCACUAGAGAAGCUCAGCCAUCAGUAUGUCCAAGUACAAACUGAUUAUGUUAAGACAUGGAGAGGGUGCUUGGAAUAAAGAGAACCGUUUUUGUAGCUGGGUGGAUCAGAAACUUAACAGUGAAGGAAUGGAAGAAGCUCGGAACUGUGGGAAGCAACUCAAAGCGCUAAACUUUGAGUUUGAUCUUGUGUUCACAUCCGUCCUGAACCGGUCCAUCCACACAGCCUGGCUGAUCCUGGAAGAGCUGGGGCAGGAGUGGGUUCCCGUGGAAAGCUCCUGGCGUCUCAAUGAGCGUCACUAUGGAGCCUUGAUCGGUCUCAACAGGGAGCAAAUGGCUUUGAAUCACGGCGAGGAACAAGUGAGGCUGUGGAGAAGGAGCUACAGUGUGACCCCACCGCCCAUAGAGGAGUCCCAUCCUUACUACCACGAAAUCUACAACGACCGGAGAUAUAAAGUGUGCGACACUCCUUUGGAUCAGCUGCCACGAUCCGAGAGCUUAAAGGAUGUUCUGGAGAGACUCCUUCCUUAUUGGAAUGAAAGGAUUGCUCCUGAAGUAUUAAGUGGUAAAACCAUUCUGAUAUCUGCUCAUGGAAAUAGCAGCCGGGCACUCCUGAAACAUCUGGAAGGUAUCUCAGAUGAAGACAUUAUCAACAUUACUCUUCCUACUGGAGUCCCCAUUCUCCUGGAACUGGAUGAGAACCUGCAUGCCGUUGGACCUCACCAGUUCCUGGGCAACCAAGAGGCUAUCCAAGCAGCCAUUAAGAAAGUAGAGGAUCAAGGAAAAGUGAAACGCGCUGACAAAUAAAAUCUUUCCCACGUGCUGGCUAGGGAUAGCUGCAGAAGGAGUGGUAUGCGGUGUGUUAUGGGUGCUGAGCUCACUUUUUUUUUUUUUCUCCCCCGCUGAUUUUUCCUGAUUUUUCCAGAUCUAGGCUGUGGGGUAGAGUUUGUAUAAGUAACUAGGUAACUUAUGUUGGCCCAGAUAAAGGCUUUAGGAUGCCUGAGUGCUAAUGUCAUAAGCCUUAUGCGUUAGCCCCUGCCGGCCCCGUUUGAAUUAGUCACUAAGUUAGUCACCAGUGGGGCUUAAUCAAUGUCAUAAGUUUCCAAGAUGGGGGAGCAACAAGUGGAGGUCAAGUUCAAGGUAUUCCUCAUUCAAUAAAUCAGUAUAGAGUGACCACUGACAGGCACUACUUACUCCGAUAAGUAGUUCACAGUUAUAUUUACUGAGACUUUCUAGGAUGAUAAUAAAGGGCAUUAGAUAACACACUAUACUUAAGUAUUUAUUACUAGUCUUUUCCUCUAGGGAGAGGGAUGCUUUGAUAGGUUAAGACCAGAGGCCCAUUAAAUGGGAGAGUCAUGGAUGGAUUCCUCCAAGACAGCCAACAACAAACACCAAGGCCCUUUGCCUCAUGACAUUUGGUGGAAUUCCUCUCUGGCUGCUAGAAUUAGCAGCAUAUAGACAGCUAUAGCUGUUCGUGUUCUCUUUUUGUUUUAUUUUUGUUUUUUAAACUUUAAUUUUGGGGUCUUUAAAAUUAAUUUAAAAAUAAGUUCUGUGACUGAAAAUGGUACCAUCCCAAGAAUUUCCAUAUGAUUCAUAAAUAUUAAGUAUAGGCUGCUGAAUUAUUCUCUGCUCUUAUCUUCCUAUAACACAAAGAGUUGUACUUAUUUCAACACAUAGACAUGCCUAAUUCUCUAAAAAUUGAAGGUCAGGUCGGGGGAAGGUAGAAUAUAGUGGGUGUAAUUUUAUUCACUUGAACAGGGGAAAUGGUAUAUUCGCACUUGUCAUGUACAUUUGUUCUUUAUCUGCGGAGGGCAAAACAUUAUGGUACGUAGUCUGUAGUAUUCAGGGUAGGCCACAGACAGAAUUGACUGCUUAUCAAUCUUAAUGAUAUAGGAUGUUUUUAGAUGCUGGAGAUAGGUAAGUGAUCAUUUCUUUAAGCUACUGCCUUAUUUCAGAGCAAGUGACAUAUAUUUCAGUGAUAAAGUCAUGUAAACAAUUUACAACUAUAAAACCUGUUACAGAUAUCACCAGUUUUUCAUGGUUUUCCAUUGGUGGAUUGGUUUAUUUGUAUCCAUUUUAUAGUAAUACUGUCAUUAGAAGGAAACUAAUUCUAAAACCCUUGCUACUGCUUGCUUGGUCUCUACUGAUCCUUAAAUCAAGACUUAGAGCAUCAGCUGAAAAGAAGAAAUGAACCUAGUUUGCUCACAGCUGGCUGCAUCUGUGAUGCAUAAGGACAUGGAACGUGGAUGCUUGACGUUCCUGACCAACUACUGGCUUUUCUGCCGUAGUCCUUCUUUUCACAGUUCUGUUGCCUAACCAAAUAACACUGUUUAUAAUUCAGAGAUCAGGGCCAAGAAUACAACUACCAGAUCUUCCUAGAAUUCCAAACCUAUGGCUAAGCUUCAACUCAGACCAUUUUUGAACAGCUUCAUCUCUGGAAUUGGCAUCUGAAUUUUCCAGCCCAAGAAGUGACCAUGUCUUAACACAGCUUAAGAGCCUAGAGUUGGAUUCUUCCCUUGUCCUGCAUCUAGAUAUCCACCUCCAGUGGACACCUGGCAGCAUGAUGUGCUCCUGCACACAGAGAUGUGCUCACACCCAGUCACUUUGGAAUCUUACAGACUUCCUAAGAGAGGGAUAAUUUUUGCUGACACUUUCUGGUACAAUUUGGUUUUUGAGAUCUUGGCUGAAAUAAAUGAAGAGAUAUUUAUGAAAA